ACUUUUUCAUUUCCAAAAAGUUUCCUUUGGUCUACAUUGGUAGAUUGGGGUUGCCUGCGGCUCCUCCGAACCCAGUUUUUGAAACUCUUUCCGCUCUCUCUCUCUUGCGUUCUCCUCCAAACCUAAUUCCCAGCCACUUCCAGAGUUCCCACCAAUCUCCAUUCACUUAACUCGGCCGGCGACUCAGCUCGUCCCGCUCUCUCGGCUCAACUUCCGGCCUACUCUCAUGAACUUGCUGACUUCGUGAUGACAAUGAUGAUGGAUAAGAAUUGGAAAUUCCGCCGGUUUGGAGCUCCGUUUCUCAGCUUCUUUCUCUACUGCCACUUGGUUCUCUUCUGCUUCUCAUCCGCAUCCUCCUCGCUGCUCGACGGCCAAGGUUUGGCUUUGUUGAAGUUCAAGGAAAGAGUGGUGAGCGAUCCGUUCGGCGCGCUGAAGGAUUGGAAGGAUGACGGUGGUGGAGUUCUUGAUUACUGCUCGUGGUUCGGCGUUGAGUGCUUGGCUGGAAACGUUGUAGCCUUGAACCUGAAAGAUCGUUGCUUGGAAGGAACACUGGGAUCUGAGCUGGGAAACCUUGUCAGCCUAAAGUCCAUUGUUUUGCGCAAUAACUCAUUCUCUGGCUCAAUUCCGGAAGAUAUUGGCGAGCUGAAGGAGUUGGAGGUGCUCGAUCUUGGGUUCAAUAACUUCAGUGGUUCACUUCCUUUGAACCUUGGAAGCAAUCGGCCUUUAAUGCUUCUGUUAUUGGAUCAUAAUGGUGUUAUUAGCAUCAUUUCACCUGAAAUUCAUCAACUGACGAAGGUCUCUGAAGUUCAAGUUCAUGAAGUUGAAUUGCAUGAUUCAGCUAAACCUGCAUCUUCCCAUAAUAAAAGGAAAUAUGCAGCUCACAGGAGACUUUUACAAACAGUUGGUGGAGUGAAUCUACCACCAGUAUCAUUAACUCCAUCUACCCCUUUCUUCGACCCUUAUGCAUUUUUGCCUCCACUGCCCUCUGUAGCUCCAUUUCUCCCGACUCCAAAUGCAGAUCCUCCAUUGCCUCCUUCUCCCCCUGCUACCGAUUCAAAUGAUUCAAUUCCACCGCCCCCAGCUGCUUCUCCAAAUUCUACUGAAGCUUCUCUUCCUUUACCAACUCCUCCACUAUCAAGUAGUCCCAAUUCAACAGUUGAUAGUUCCCCUUCCAGGAGUCAUACCUUUAUACCAAUUGUUGCAGCGGUAGCUGGGGCCACAUGUUUUCUCCUUGCUAUCUUUGGAAUAUAUCUGUGCAAAACCAAUAGGGCAGCUGUCAAACCUUGGGCCACUGGACUCAGUGGGCAGCUUCAGAAAGCACUUAUAACUGGUAUACCAAAGCUGAAGAGAACUGAGCUUGAAUCUGCCUGCGAAGAUUUUAGUAAUGUUAUUGGUUCUUCACCACUCGGUAUGCUGUACAAAGGCACUUUGUCCAGUGGGGUUGAAAUAGCGGUGGCCUCUGUUGCAUUAACCUCUUCCAAAGAUUGGUCACGAAACCUGGAACUGCAAUUCGCAAAGAAGAUUGAGACAUUAUCAAAAAUCAAUCACAAGAAUUUCGUCAACCUUCUGGGGUACUGUGUGGAAGAGGAGCCUUUCACGAGAAUGAUGGUUUUUGAAUAUGCUCCAAAUGGAUCACUCUUUGAACACUUGCACAUUAAAGAGUCAGAACACCUGGACUGGGCAAUGCGGCUCAGAAUCAUGAUGGGCAUAGCUUACUGCCUCGAGCACAUGCACCAGCUGACCCCACCGAUCGCCCACAAGAACCUCACCUCUUCAUCCAUCUCCCUCACCGAAGACUAUGCAGCCAAAAUCUCUGAUUUCAGUUUCUCAAACGACAUAAUCAUACCACCUCCUUCCCCCGAGAUGGAACAUCCCGAGACUGACACUGAGCUGACAGCUGAUAUUCCAUUCCGGGCAAGCAACGUGUACAGCUUUGGCGUGUUGUUGUUCGAACUCAUCACAGGCAGGCUUCCUUACUUGGUAGACAAUGGAUCGCUGGAGAACUGGGCAGCAGACUACUUGACGGGGGACCAACCCCUUAGGCAGAUUGUGGACCCCAUGCUCGACUCUUUCGAGGAAGGCAAGCUAGCGUCCAUCGAACAAGUGAUAAAGGUUUGUGUUCACCCUGAUCCACUACAAAGACCGACAAUGGCGGAAAUCACUCCUAUGUUGAGAGAGGUAACUGGGAUAACUGCCGAAGCAGCGACCCCGAAACUCUCUCCUCUUUGGUGGGCAGAGCUCGAGAUUCUGUCUGCCGAUGGUAGUUGAUGAAAACUAAGCUCUACCAAAACCCUCCAUUUUCUUGAAGAAGGUAUGAGCUCUAAAUGAAUGGAUCAUAUGGGCAGGGAGGAGGGUAGGGAAAGUUGGUGUUUGUGGGUGUGUCUGUGUACCUAUUCUAUCUAUUUUGUGCGUUAGAGGAGAGGUGGAAGCCCAGAGCUGCUUGCUUGUGUAUAUAGAGAGCCAAGAAAAUGGAAGCUGGAUAAAUGCUUUGGCACCAUCUUGGUGCUUUGUGUGUUUAUUAAUUCUUUAAUCCUCCACAGAGGGCUGAGAUUUAGGUUUGUGGUGGCCAUGAACACAUCACCAACCAAACCUUCUCUCUUUGUUUAUAUUCCUGGUUGUUGAGCAUUUUUGCUUAUCCAUAUUUUGUGCUCUUCACGUCCAUCUGUCAAAGUAAGUUCUUGUUCUGAGUUGGAACUGGAAGAGUCUUUGGUUGGCAGUCUCCAUUCCUACUAGUCGUGGAGUUAUGGGUGAAUUGACCAGACUUUUCAAUGACAUCAGGUUAACUGGUUGGUUAAGAACAUGACUUUUCUGCAGUUGUUUAAGGAUUUGGGAUUUUCAGUUUUUGUUUUUCCUAUAUGGAGGGGUGUUUAGUUUUAACUAAUGAAGAAGUCUGAGGAAGUGAUAAGGUUGUACUGUUUAUGUUACGCUAAAUGGGAAAAGGGAUUAAGAAAAUACGACGCGAUUUAGCUGUCAUUGUGUGUAAAGUAUACUAUGCGAACUUGCGAAGUGAUUUUCCAGUUGGGAUGAAUGAGAUGGCAUCAGCUGGCAGAGGGAUGUUUGGAAUGGUCAAACGCUUGAACUCAAAGGAAACACGGUUCUGAUGAUUAUUUUAGUCAUUCAGUGAUAUAUAGUUGGCAAGGAGAUGGCAUUUUUGGCGCUGUUGGUGGAUGG